CAGGAUACUGAAAAUAGAUAGGCGGUAAGCCGAUAUACAAAAAAUUCACAUCCAACAUGCAAAAUUGAUUAUUGUUAAUACUCCGGUAAAAGUUUGUUAUCCCUAUUUUGAAUGAAAAUACAUAACUUGCAAAUUGUUUUAUUGGAUUCAUAAAAUGACUUGCCGUUUAUGUUUAAUCGAAAUAGCUAACGGCAUAACUAUUUCCUCGGAUAAUGGCAAGAGUGAAAUCGCUAAAAUAAUUUUUAAAUAUUUUCAAGUUGAGGUUCAGCCUGACGAUGCUAUUUCUAAUGAAAUUUGUUGUGAGUGCUUCAAACAUAUAGACGAUUUUCACAGAUUUUGGCUAGAUAUAGACGAUAAACAAAGAAAUCUACAAAAACAUUUAGAAAAUGCAGAAACGAAGCAUCAGAUAGUAGAUAUUAAGACAGAAGACUUCCCCAUAGCACCAUUCGAUUCAUACGUUUACGACGGGAAUAUUGGUUUACACGAACCACAAAUUGAUUUGGUCUUGGCACAAACAGAACUUACCGAAGAUGAGGUUGAAUUCGAUGCAGCUGAAAUGGGUAACGAAGCAUCUACAGACGAGGAUUCACUGCCCUCUACUGCUGAAAAGUCAAAUGGGAAAGGUAAAACGAAACAUAAAAGGAAGUAUAGAAAAAGAUCCAAGGCCGAUGAAGAGGCUUUAACCGAGGAAGAAGCUGCGAGUCGACGUAUGGCUAAAUUAGCACUAAUUGCUGAAUUGGAUGAAUACAUUGCGGAAAAUUGCGAAUUAAUUUGUUGUUUGUGUGAAAAGCCACUUUCAGACUUUUUGAACUUAAGGAAGCAUUUUCGUCAAAAACAUAAAUGUGAAGGAUAUAUGACUUGCUGUAAUAACCGAUUUUUGAAACGUUCUCUUUGGGUAGACCAUCUGAAAAUGCACAGGGACCCGGAAUUAUUCAAAUGUCAUAUUUGUAAUAAAAAACUGGCAAGCCGAAAUACUUACCAGAAUCACAUGGAUUCAAAACAUCCUGACUCGAGAGAUUUGCAUUUCUUUUGUAAAUUGUGUCCCCGAAAAUUCGUUAAACAAUAUAUACUAGACUAUCAUAUGAAGUCGAAGCACACAACCACACGUGAUUUCAUCUGUAAAACAUGCAACAAAGGGUUCGUCAGCGCUGGUGUUUUGAAAAAGCAUGAAAAGAACAUCCAUUUAAAUGAAUAUGAGUCUGUGUGCGAAAUAUGUGGAAAAUGUUUUAAAGCUGCCCACAAUCUUUUGCGUCACGUGGAUGCCAUACAUUGUGCAGAGCCGCGUACUCGAGCGCAGUGUCAUAUCUGCAACAAGUGGCUAAAAAACGCGUAUACUCUUAAAAAACAUGUGCUUGCACAUGGUCAAGAGCCUCCCGACAAACAAUAUCCGUGCUCCAAAUGUGGAGCUAUAAAAUAUUCGCGUCAUUCCCUUGGGGCGCAUAUACGUUACCAUCAUUCGGAUCGAAAAUUUAAAUGCCCUGUUUGUAGCAAGGAGUUCAAACUGCCAAUCGCAUUAAGGGAACACGAAGCAAGACACGCUGGUGUACACCUAUAUACUUGUUCGAUUUGUGCUAAGAAGUUUAGAUCAAGUCGAAACAUGCGUAAACAUAUGGCAAAUCAUUCCGCCGAAGCAAUAAAUCAACAAUGUAAUGAACUUGAUAUCCAACAUUCUGAGGAACCAGCGUCACAGCUUUCUAUUGAACCCGUGUCUCAACCAUCUGAUGCACAGGCUUGCCGUCAGUUGCAACCCCCUGAUAUGUCUUCAGGGCUUUUAAAUCUUCUGCCUUUCAACGAAACACUGCAUUGAAGUAAAAAAAAAGUUUAUUGAAUGUAUGUACAUUAGGGUGGUCCAAAAAUGCAUGUGAAAAGUAAAGU